CUACCUCGCUGGAUUUUGUUGUGAAAACCAGCCCGAACCAACAACACGUCCUAGGCCCUUCGCGCGCACGAUUCCGCCGCACUUCACACCACAUUUGCAUCUAAUCGUCGAAUCGAUCGGACUAAUCUAGGCCAAUUUUCCUUCAAAAAAAAAUCAAAAUGACGGGUCGUGGUGGCGGUGGUUCCCGCAAGAUUCUACUACCACCCAUCAAUUUUAUUUUCAAGCUUCUUCAGACACAUGCGACCGUCAAGAUCUGGUUGUACGAGCAGCUGUCAAUCAGAAUCGAGGGAAAGAUCAGAGGUUUUGACGAAUUCAUGAAUCUCGUCGUUGACGAUGCGGUCGAAGUAAAGCAAGUCACAAAAACAAACCCUGAAGAAAAAAGGAGACAGCUUGGACAAAUUCUACUCAAGGGCGAUAACGUGUCAUUGAUCCAAGAAGCUGUAUGAGGUGGGACGAGGAACAAAUACUCCAACAGGACGGAAAUUGGCCCACGAGGGAGUUAUGUUUCCAUGC